AUGUCUGCUCGGUCCCCGACCAAGAUCGCCUGCGAUGGCUGUAAGAUUCGAAAGGUGAGGAUAUGGAAUCGCCUCUCAUUAGAAUGUAGGAUGUUAAUUGGAAACUCGAAGAUACGAUGCAUGGAUGGUCAUCCAUGCCAGGGUUGCCGGAAUUCUGGCAUCAAGUGUACAUAUGUUCGAGCCCAGCAGCCCCGCGGUCCGCAGCGCCUGCGUUCCACGACCCAGUAUCUGAUCGACCAAGUCCAACGCGGAGCCGCAGCUCAGUCUAGCCAGGAUUCGAUUCAAUCCAGGGAGCCGCAGGCGGACAUCACAACUCAGUUUCCAGCGGGCGGGCUAUCCGGUGAUCGGCAAUCAGAGAGUGUAUUAUCUAUAUGCCGAAUCCCAACGAAUGUCGUUGCCUACCCCCUCUAUAUCUAUCAUGUGCGUAUGUAUCCCGUGUGGCCAAUCGUCGAUGCCAAAAAUGUGAUGUCUAUUCUCCGACAAGACGGGGACGUCGAUCUUGAGACAUACGCGCUGGCGACAGCCGUUGCAGCCGCAACAAUAGCCCAACUGAAACUCGAGCAAAGCUUCUGGCACGAUCAACCAAUCACCGCCGAUAAAUUCGCAGCCGAAAGCAUGAAAGCCCGAAGGUUGGGUAAAUACAGGUCCGCAGUGAAUCUGAAUAAUGUGCGGACGUCGUUUUUCCUUCAUGUCUACCAUGAAAGCAAGCAUGCAGGCGGGAGCGAGUCGCUACUUUUCCUGAGAGAGGCUAUAUCUCUCGCUCAGAUGAUGUAUUUGCAUCGUGAAACAGCGUACAUUGGACUGCCACAAGACGAGCAACAGAUUCGCCGGCGAGUGUUGUGGUUGCUGUUUAUUACGGAGAGGGGUGUCUGCAUUCUUCACAAACUUCCUGUUGUGCUUAAGACUAAUAUUUCAACACCCGAACUCGAUCUCGACGGCGAACCCCAAGUUCUGCCUGCCUUUUUAAAGCUUCUGAAUUUGUUCCGCCUCUUUGAGCAGUCCAGGAUGUUCGACUUCAUAGAAGACGACAAUAUUGGGAUGUGCUCAAUCCCUGACGAGAUCAGGAAUGUGAACAAGAGAUCUUUUAAAAUGCUGCAUGAUGGGCUACAAGACGGGUCGACUUUAAUGGGCCACAUCUCAGACGUGCAGAAAGCCGACCUGUGCGUCACUAGGCACUGGAUGCGCAUGAUCCUAUGGAAGGUCUCAGCAAAGGACCAAUAUUUUCCAUCUCAAUGGCCUGACUCUCCGUCGUUUCCCAUCAUGGUCGCAAAAGAGCUUCUGGACAUCGUAUCUAAGCUACCUCAAGCUGCAAUUAAAGCCCAUGGGCUUGGCAUCGAGCUGAAGUUAUAUGGGAUUGCCAAUUCACUGGCUGACGCGGUGAUCAAUAUGGCCAUGCUACCAAGGGCUUCGUUCUGGAAUUACGAAAGUCGUCCAUGCAACAUCUUGGCUCGACUUCACUCAUUUUUAUCCACCUUCCACGGCGGUGAGAAUAAGGAACUACUUGACGUGUUGUAUAAGAAAAUGGCCGAAGCGCAAUAUAGAGCUGAUCGCGCUAUACCGUCCACAAUACAUGCGCCGAUGAAAAGUAGACAUUUGAUUGAAACAACCGCAUCCGAGAAUCAACUAGUCCAGGAAGAGCCUCUACUUCCAGGACCCGAUCACAUCAUUACAAUCCCAGAUUAUUGGCGCGAGAGCGAGGAGCUGUAUCCUGCAAUUUUCCCCACUGGCACGGAUUGGUUUAUGCAAGGCAAUCUUACUUCAGUGGAGCAAGCCGAUCAGCCGAUUUGGCUAGACGAUAUGCUAGCCUGUGGGUUUGCAGAAUCAUGUUUCUCUCCAGCGAAUAAUGGCUGUCCUGCAUUUAGCUACGAUCCGCAGUUUACAGGACGUAUGUAG